CAGCAGUUCAGGAAGAUGGUGGAAAGUCGGAAGUCCUCUAACUUCCGCAACCAGCAGAAGAUCAUGAGUCAGUACAAGGAAAUCAAGACCCUGAAGGCAGAGCAGGAUGAGAUCACCCUGCUUUUGAGUCUCAUGAAGUCCCCGAAGAACAUAGGUCUGAACGAGAAAAACUACAUGGAGCUGCGCUUCCUGCUGCAGACCAAGGAGGACUACGAGGCCUUGAUUAGAUCCAUGAAAACGCUAUUGGCCGAGCUGGAUGAGAAGAUUGCUCAGAUGGAGAAAAAAAUUGCAAACCAAAAACAGAUCUUCUUAAAAAUGCAGGAGGCCAAUAACCCCCGGAAACUUCAGAAACAGAUCCACACUUUGGAAACCCGUUUGAAUCUUGUCACUGUUCAAUUUGACAAGAUGCUAACCACCAAUGCCAAGCUCCGGACGGAGAUUGAGGACCUACGGUUUGAGAAGGCUGCUUAUGACAACGUCUACCAGCAGCUGCACCGGCGUAUGUCACUCCAGAAGAAAACCAUGAACACAGCCAUCGAGCAGUCUUCUCAGGCCUAUGAGCAGAGGCUGGAGGCCAUGGCUCGAAUGGCUGCCAUGAAGGAUCGCCAGCAGAAGGACAUCUCUCAGUACAACUUGGAGAUCCGAGAGCUGGAGCGUCUUUAUGCCCAUGAGAACAAGCUCAAAUCCUUCCUGCUCAGCAAGCUGAAUGACCGCACUGAAUUCGAGGAGCAGGCCAAAAGGCAAGAAGCUCUCAAGGGAAAGAAGCGUGGCAAGAAGAAGAGCAAAGGGGAGAGUUUUGAGAGCUAUGAGGUAGCCCACCUCCGGCUGCUGAAGCUGGCUGAGAAUGGGAACCUGAACCAGCUCAUUGAGGAUUUUCUGGCCAAGGAGGAGAAGAACUUUGCUCGGUUCACAUAUGUCACAGAGCUCAACAAUGACAUGGAGAUGAUGCACAAGAAGACCCAGAAUAUCCAGAAUGAGAUCAUCCACUUGCAAUCCCAGCAGAAAGUAUCCCAUGAUGACAGCCGCUCCAUCCUCAGACAGCUGGAGGAUAAACUGAAGAAGACCACAGAAGAGGCAGACACGUAUGAGAGGAAAACCAAGGAGGUCAAUAAGACCCUGGAGCAGCUCAAGAACUUGGUGGAGAAGCUGUUUAAAAAGAUAAAUUGUGACGCCACCAAGAUCCUGGUACAGCUGGGGGAGACAGGGAAAGUCACCGACAACAACCUUGCUCAGUAUUUUGCCGUCAUUGAAAAGAAGACCAAUGACCUGCUGCUGUUGGAGUCCUACAGGCGGAUCCUGGAUGUGGAGGUGUCUGAGACUGACGUCCCACCACCCUUCGUCAACCCUUUCUGGGGUGGCUCUGCCUUCCUCAAGCCCCCGGAACCCAUCAAGGUCAUUCCUCCCAUCCUUGGGCCUGACUCCUUCGGCGACAAGUUGGAUGAGGUUGACCAGCCGCUGGACCACAGCAGCCUUCGGCAGCUGGUAAUCGACAGUUACAUUUUGAAGGAGUCUCGUAAGGACACACGCUUUGACAGUCUGCCUGCAGAAAAGGCGGAUGACGUGAGGUCCAAGAAGAGGUUAAUGGUGUGAGAUGAUGGGGCCGCAUUUAUACCACAACCAUAAAUAAUAAAUGUUUUGUUCAAUAACCUCAGUGCCUUUUCACACUCAUUGCCAAAGCCUGGGGUAGUGGGCGCCACCUCAGGGAUGGCGUCUAAGAGCAAGAGGUGUCGGGCUCAAAAGUGGGCAUUGGAGGCAAGAAUUGUGUGACCCCUGAGAACUUUUGUGAUGGUGACUGGCACAGGUCCCCCUUUAUCAGGGUCCACAAGAUAAUGCAGGGAGGAGCUCAGUGUAGGGGCUACAUUGGAGCCAAAAUAUUGAUCUGAGACCCCAGAAUCACAUGGAGUGUGGUAAACACAGGCAGGCAGGCACUACAGAGCCUCUGUGCGUGUCUUUGUCUCUGUCCCCUCUGUGGGUGAGUGUGCCACUGAAGAGCGUCUACCUCCCCAGGGCCCCAGGUAUCAGGUUUGUGGCCAGGUCUUCCUGGAAGCAUAUGGGAGGCUGCAGGGCUGUGGGUCAUCACAGGAUGAGGGUCGUACUGGGUCAUAAGCAUAGGGGCCCUGACUCUCUGGGUCCCUGCCCACCCAACUUACUUUGAAAGGGGCCCCAGUUGGCAGCAAUAUUGAAAGCUUGACCCUUAGUGCCUCCUGAAGGUUGUGGCUGUUGUUAUCUAGAGCCUUAAAGACUCUCUUGGUUCUGGCUCCUCUGCCCCUUCCUUCCUUCUUUCCAUGCGAGCCCAGAUCCACUCCCACACCCAGUUCCAGCUCUUUUGUCCCAGGAAGGCAUUAACUUGGGCUAUUUUCUAGGUUAUCAGAAUUCUUUUAAAAGCUCAGAGCGCCCAAUGCCCCCUUUCUACUUCUUGGUUUUCCUUUGGGGGAUGUCUCCACCCACCUGCCAGCUGUAUAGUUUGGGAGGGAGCAGAUUUCAGCCCCAGCAUGAGGGUUGGUCAUGUGUCCCAAUCACAGCAUCCUUAGUGACUGGUCUGUGUUAGCUCUGGUAUCAGAGAGACCCCAGGAGGCUCUGCUCUGAUGUUUGUGUUGGGCUGGGUGAGGGAAGGGUACCCUCUUUCCACUAGUAUUGCUGAGAGGUUAGAAGGGAGCCAAGAGCUGCUGGCAGCCUUUUUGUCAUCAAUGUGAGCACAGCAACAUGAACAAAAGCAGAGCAGUAGAGAGGCCACGUUUGAGGUCCUGAAUGCAGCUGUGCCUGAAGCCCUUGAACUUCUCAGUUAUAUGACUCAAUUUGUCAUAUAAGUUGGGAUUCUUGUAACCAUUAGAGAUCUGAAUGCUUCAGCCAUGAUUUUGGUCACUCAAAAUCAAGGAUUCAUUCAUAUCCAGGCCUAGACCCCAGAGAGGGUCUAGAAAUCAGAACCCAUCCUGAAAUUUGCCAGGAAAGAGUACAGACAGCUUCUGCUUUAUCUGAAACUAGAAAUCAACCUCUUAUGAUUAGCAGAUGUGAUUUUUGUUAAAUGAGUCACAUUCUGAGGAUGAGUGUGAGGCUAUCUCCUUUACUGUGGGGCCCAUGUUAACAUACCUAUGGGAGAAACAUCCUGGUGGUGUCCCAAAGGAAAGGAUGUCAUGGAUGCUAAGCCCUAGACAUGAUCAAGUUUGUUGGAAGAGAGGGCUGUUGUCAUCUAGUUAACAUUCCAGAAAAUGUGGUCCUCAAGAGAAACAGUCCUGAGUGGCUGCAAAGGUCUAUUUUAAAUAAAGAGUUACUAAGAUUCAGCAAUAGUAACGAUAGCAGGGUCAUUACUAGUUUAUAUGCUGUUUUUGCUUUUCUUAGUCAAAGGGCUUGUCCCUGUCAGAGGA